AUGCAUUCGGCCGUAAGAAAUUGGUUGAAUCGUGGCGAACUUGAGAGACUCGAAAAUGUCGUAUUAGAGGGUCGGGGCACGCGCUUGUUAGGCGAACAGUCGCAAGAUCUUAAAACUCGUGUCUUCCUGAAGGGACUCCCCAACUAUUUGACGAAGAUCUCUCAAGUGCACGAUGCUGUUGCCCGCGGCUCGUUAGCUGAUACGCAGAAGAUAAUUUUUGAGGAGCCGAAGAAAAAGCUGGCGAUUGCGAAGGAUUCAUGCGGGGUACCUUUGUUACACAAAGCGGUGUACUAUGAUCAACCCGAGAUAAUUUUUUGGCUCAUAGAAAAUUACCCUAUUACGCCACAACAGAAAGAUAGGGAGGGACGAACAGCUUUGCAUUAUUGUUGUGUGUGUAAAGAUCCUGAGCCAAUCUGGGAUAAUCUCAUAGAAGGUGGAUGUGACGCUAGUAUUUGUGAUAAGAAAGGACACCCGGCCUCCUAUUACUUGGAACAUCCUGAGGAAAUUGAAUUACCAGAAGUAGAGAUGACAACUCGACGAAGAAAAAGUACCGCAAAAGAUAAUAUGGAUUUUAAACCCUCCAAUAUCAGGAUAUGGAUACACAACAAAGACAUCGGAAAAUUACAACAAGUAUUGUGGGAGGGACAUGGAUCUAAACUUCGAUGCGAGACCAGCAACAAUUCGCGAAUAAGAAGAUUUUUAGAGGCCGUGCCCUUUAUUAUGGGCACAAUAAAGGAUAUUCACGCAACAGUUAUUAAUAACGAUUUGGAGGGUCUCAAGACAAAAUUGGAGGAACCUAUUUUGCCCAUUAUUUUAUGUGGCAAAGAUGGAAAUGGCUUAAAUGCCCUUCACAAAGCUGCUGGUUUGGGAUAUAUAGACAUCGCACGUGAAAUCCUUGAAAGAUGUCCUUCAACAGUAAUGGCUCAGGAUAACGAAGGAAAGACUCCGCUGCAUUACGCAGCUGCACUUAAGGACGACGGCGUUAUGUAUGAUCUUUUGACAGAGCACGGGGCCGAUGAAAGUAAAUUGGAUAACAGACAAAAAGCACCUGCAUUUUACAAGAAUCGCCCUUCGGACGUAGACCUGUCGAAUUUGUCAAUGAUACCGGAAGCGCCUCGAGUUUCCGAUACUUAUCCCAAAAGUUGGGAUUGGAGAAUCUUGGAAGGAGCCAUUAUACGAGGCAUGAAGAAGGUUAACAGUGACGAUAGCGCUUUCGGUAGUGCCGAAUCCACAAUGAAGGAUUCGGAUGAGAAGAAAGGCGAUGAUGAGCAAGAGAACGAGGAGGCUGAAACUCCGAAUGGAGACGAGGAGGCUGAGAAUCCAAAUGGAGAAGUGGAAGCACAGAAUGAAGAAGAACAAGAAGCAGAAAAUGGAGAAGAAGAGGAAGCAGAAAAUGGAGAAGAAGAGGAAGCACAAAAUGAAGAUGAGGCAAAUGAUGCAGGAGACGAAAACGAAGCCGCAGAAGAUAACGAGGAAGAUGCCACGAAUGAGAAUGACGAAGAACAAGAAGAAAAAGCAUCAUCGGACGAUGACGUGGUAACUGGACUUGUCGCGGAGCCAACAAAAGACGAGGAGGAUGGGCCUGAGGCCGUCGAUAAUGAAGAUGGUAUCUAUGAGGAAUCCCCAAAGAUCGAGGAAAUCGCUGCCAAUGAUGAAACCAUCAUCGAACACGAAGAACGAAACGAACCUAGUACUGGCGAUUCUGGCGUUGACGAUCCUGCGCAAGAUGAAGAGCAGCAGGUCAUCGUUGGCGAACACCAGGAGCCUGCGGAAGUAGAAUUGACUGAGGGUAGUAUGGGACGGGAUCUAGAAGUAGACAGUUUAUUAGAGAAUGACGAUAUGGAACAAUUAGCGACUCUCGUUCUCAAUGGCGAAGGCCGACGAUUGGUCGGACGACAAUGCGGAAAUCCUGAACUCCAAGCUUUUAUCGACAAUGUUCCAACUUAUAUGGGAAAAAUUCGUACCGUUCACAUGGCAGCGCGAGAAGGAAAUCUUCGAGACCUACAAAGCGCUCUGGAUCGCCGUAAAUUCGCGGUAGCACGAGAUGAAUCAUCACCCCACGGUGCAACUCCAUUGCACGUGGCCGUUAUUUUUGGAAAUACCGUUAUCAUUAGGUAUCUGGCAGGGAGGUUUCCAGAAACUACCAACGCGAUCGAUCUCGAUGGGCGAACUCCGUUACAUUACGCUGCGACGAUCGCAGACAACGGUCAUUACUAUAAUCUUUUGCUACAUUUGGGUUCCAAUCCUUUAAUAAAGGAUAACUUCGGACAAAAGGCAGAUUAUUACAAGCGAAGUCAAAGCGACCUAUCACACAAAAAACUUCUUCGCAGUUUCGGGGCUAGCGAGACGCUCGCCGACGAAAUGUUGACGGAUAAAGUACCCGGAGGUGAUAUCUACUCAGCUCGGCGGGACGUGAGUGAGCCUGAGGUCCUGGCAACGCUGGAACGAUGUUUCCGAUUGCUGGCGGGCAACCGGCGAUCGUCGAUACCAAAAACCCCAUCGUCGAACGCCGAUGAUAGUGGAAUUGACAUUCCAAUAUUUCACACGGAGGAAGGACAUUACUUAGCAUCAUCAUUAGGAGAUCCCCUAAUUAAAGGAUUAACAGAAGUAGCUAACGCACGUCCAAAGGAUCCAAUUACAUACCUUGCGACAUAUUUGUACAAUUUUGCUAGCAAGAACAAAGUCAAUGAACAGGAGUCCGAUGUCUUCAUUAUGCCCGAUCAUGAAGAAGAAAAUUUGGAUAAUAAUAUCGAGAACGAUGUAUUCGACGAUGACGCCGGCUAUCCUCAAAGCCCAAAUUCGGAUAUACCUGAGUCCACGUUUAGCAAUCCUAACAGAGACGAACAUGGGCAAAGUAUGAUCCACUUCGCAGCGGUUCGUUCCUAUUCAAAGGAUGGCUUGUAUCAUCUACUGCUGGAGUCACAAGUCAACGUCGGUUUCAGGGACGAACUGUAUCGGACAGCUAGAGACGUUGCCGAACAGGCAAAUAUCCAAGAGAACAUCGAAGAGAUUGAUCGCUUCAUUAUUUAUCUUGCAGCAAGAGGAGAGACUGAAAAGUUGGUCGAGCUUCUACUUGAGGGCUACGAUCACAUUCUAGACGCCGAAGACGAAGGAGCAAAUAUCAUCGAGGUGGCCGCGCAAAGAAGUCACGAAGCUACCGUACAAUUUCUACAAUCAAUUCCUAAUUAUGUAAAUCAACGCGAAGAAGUACAUGCUGCUGUUCGGGCCAACGAUGAGAAACGUGUAAAGGAACUUUUGAGUAAAAGCAAUGGGGGUGGGAAAUUGCUGGCUGUUGGAAAGAAUUCGAUUAGCCGAUGCGCUUUGCAUAUCGCUGUACUUCAAGAAAAUGAAGAACUUGUCAAGUUUAUCGCAACAACGUAUCCAGAAACGUUACGCAUCGGUGAUAACUUGGAGAGAACGGCUCUUCAUUACGCAAUGGGCGUGACGUCCGUGGAGGUCUUGAGUAAUAUAUUGAUUAAAGCGGGUGCGAAACGCAUUGUCAAAGAUUUGAAAUCCCGGCAACCUUCAUAUUACUUCAUGAAUAAGUCUGACAUCGAGCGACUUCAAGAAGAGGAAAAAUCCAUUCUUGCAUAAAUUAUAUAAUGUUAAAUAUGCACCGUCUCCGUAAUAAUACGAUCACACACUUUGAUAUGUUCAUGCAUUCCAUUGAAAUGUUAUAUUGACAAACGAAGGCCGAUGAGAAAGGAAAAAUCUAUAUCAAUAAAGAAUGCGAACAGAUAAGUUCGUAAUACGUAUCGAUUUAUAAUGUCAAAUGUAGAAUAAGUGUAUUUUGAAGAACCUUAAAGAUGUUUCUAUUAUUUAAUAUAUGUAUUCUAUGUUAUGUUUUAUUUGUACAUACACUAGACAAAGAAUACUUUGUAAAAAAAUUUUCGUUUAUUAGGCUAGCGAUCGUGUAACGUUUUCCCUUAGGCGAAAACGUGAAAAAUAAGCUAUCAUUAAAGAUAAAAUUUUAACUUUUUACGUUUCUCCAUCCUCCGGGAAUAGUUAUACAUUGCCCAGGACCUGAAUUAAUUCUCGACCCCUAUUAAAAGUACGAGUAUUAGUAUGUAUAAAUCAUCAAAAACAUACGAAAUUAUAAAUUAUAUGAACUUUGUCAAAUGUCGACAGUUUAGUGCCUUAUAAAUAAAUGUAAUGAGAC